CGUCCUUCUAUCAUCCAAGUAGUAGACAAAAAUAACCCUCAGAAUCUUCCAUACAUACCUACCUUGCUAUCCAAACCAUCACCAUGCGUUUUUCUCUUCUCGCUCUCCCCUUUGCCACUCAGGCUUUCGUGGCGGCAUUGGCAACUCCUGAGCAGCCUGGCAAUAUUGCGGAGCGAGAUGCUGCUGUAGGAGAAAUCGAGUCGCGCGACAAUGGGUUCCAGAUCAACUACUAUACAGACGGCGGUUGCGCCUCUUACCUCGCUGCUGUCUUCCCGUCCACCGACGGUAGCUGCUAUGACUACUCAUACAGUGGCGACAAUAGCGCCAACAUCGCUAAUUGUGAUGCUCCGGGGGGCUAUACCUGCUACUGUAACUUCUACGCCCAGUCAGGCUGUCAGGGUGCUUCGCAGACUAUUGGGUACGGCAACUGUGCCUCGAACUAUGGUCAUGGCUUCCUCUCCAUGCAAUGUUACUAUGCUUAAGAGCUAGGGUAGUAUAGCAGUUGGGAUGUCGAUUCUCUGCAGGAAUAGUCUAGAUGGAGUACUGGUCAGGGGCUUACGGACACUCUUUCAAAUGACGGUACCUGACCAUGGUAUUUAUGCACGGCGCCGCUCAUUUAAAAAGAAAAGCAACGAGAGGGAUUGCUAUGUUAUUAUAUAUUGCUAUCUUAGUAAUUGAACCCAAAUCGGAAGGAUACUCUCAGCUCGGUCAACCACUACAUUGGCUCUUCAAAUGCCUUAAGAGAAUAAUAAUAUAG